GGUGCGGAUGGCGCACCGGCCGCACUUCCUGCUGCGGGCGCCGCUCCACGCCACCUAUGAGCAGACGCGCGCGGUGCUGGCGGGCGUGCUGCGGGGGCUGGGGGGGCUGCGCGCCGAGGAGCUGCUCGCGGCGCAGGACGUCGUCCGGCACGUCGACCACAACGGGGUGGAGCUGUGGCACGGCGCGGAGCCGCUCGUGAAGGCCGAGCCGCCCGCCGCCGCCGCCGACCCGCUGCGCGGGGCCGACGAGCACGACGCCUACCCGCUGCGCGGGGCCGACGAGCACGACGCCGACCCGCUGCGCGGGGCCGACGAGCACGACUCCGACCGCGAGGACCCCGACUACCGGGCUUGUCUGGACGCGCUGCGCACCGAGACCCUGCCCAACCUGCCUUCACACCGCGACGGUCAGGACUACUGACCCAGCCUGACCUGGACGACAGACACCAGCGCUUAUCCGAAGAAGAUCUCGACCGACACCUGUCCGACCGAGAAAACCUCGACCGAUGCUUCUCCGACCACGAAAACCUCAAUUUAUCUGACCGACGCUCGCCCGAUGUGGACCCGAGGAACUCGCCCGAAUUAGACCCGUUGAGACUGACGCCGCCGAUCGACUCCGCGCCGACACAUAUAAACCCAGAACAUUCAGCAAAUCAAGAUAGUACCGACAGACGUAGACAGUAUAGACGUAAACGUAAAUUCACGCCCCGCAGUCAAAUCUCGACGGACCAUCGACCCGAUGUCGGUCAGUCGAGUCCGCCCGACGAAUCAAUCGAUUACCGACCUUCGAACGAGUGCACGUCGAUCGACCUACCGUUCGGCAACGGUGAGAAAUGUUUGAGCGUCGAGGAUGUGGACGGCCCCCCGGCGGGCGGUGUGGACGUGCGGCGCUCGGCGAGCAUGCGCGCGAGCGCGCGGCGCGCGGCGGAGCGCGAGCGCGAGCAGCUCGCGGAGUGGUUCUCGCUGUCGCAGUCGCACGGUCUGUACCUGCCCGCGCUCGCCGAGGGCCCGGCUCGAGUACCCGAUAAGUCGAGCGACGAUCGAGGCCCCGCCCCACGAGUCGUCAAGCGGAGCCGUGUUCGGACUCGCCCCGGUGCCGGCGCUUCCACAUAUACACGACAUACAACCGAAAUACUAAAAUCUACGGCCGAUGCGAAACAACUAAUCCAACCCAACACCGAGUUCCCGGCACAGCUGAACAAAAUUAAAGUAAUCAGCAGAAAACUCUUAGAAAAAAAGAAUAUAAAGCUUUACGUAAGACCAAAACUCGUAGAGGAAAAUGAUAACCCGAAAACCGAGCACCUCGCGACAAACAGAGAAGACAGCAAUAGGUAGUAUUAUGUUUUUUUUGCGUAGAGGGCGCUACUAGCACAAACUGAGGGCCUACCCCGAAACACGAAAUUUCGCGGUGGACUCUCUAAACACCGCGUUGAUGCAUCAAGGUCAUGGUGGUGUUUCUAUUGCAUUCCGUUAACUCCGGGGUAUGAGCAAGUUCGUUUAAGGAAACUCAAUGGCAUAGUCAAUAAUAUCAAUAAAUAAUAAUAAUAACAAUUGUAACACGGGCAUUACAUUUAACUCAACCAAACAAUUAAAAACUCUCAUAUCAAUGUCAUUUUGAACAUCGAUCGUCCGAGAUAGUACUUACAUUUAGUAGCAAGUGUAUUAUACAAUUAAUACUCAUCGAGGCAAUUUUAAAAACACCAAACAUAAUUAGGUCACGUUGUUAUAUCACAGAGUUCCUAUGGCCACCUCCUGUCUCCAUCAUCAGAGCAGCUCGAUAGUACCAUAAUAUUGCAUUACCACUCGACUUACAUAUGUAUGCAAAUUUUCAACUUCAUUGGAAACCGGGAAGUGGGUCAAAUUCAACUAUGAGACAAGGAUAUCGGCCAAGCAUUUCUUAAGCCUAGCAAUGUGGGGGUCAAAAAUAUCAACUCACAUUGUAACUCACGCCACUCGCCUUUUUUGACCCUUCUUAUACAACUGUUGCAUAAAAUACUAUUGUAUACUCUAAGAGCGAAAAGUUUAGUGUUACGAGAUAUAGGCGUGUUAAAGGUAAUGGAUGAUAAUAGUGCCGCCGAAUCAAUUCUAGAGUAUACGACGUAUACAUUUAAAAAGUCGUACAGUCAGCAUCAAUAGCAGCGGAUGAAACAACGCGCCAAAAGUAUCUGACAUCUCAGAUAACUUUUCCAAAUAUAGAUACAUUUCUAAAAUUCGCGUUCCAAAGUAUGUCUUUUACAGUCUCAGUCGUUCUAUAUUAAAGACAUCAGUUUUUGUUAAGCUGUUACAGAAUGGUAGAUGCUUAUGUAACGUUAUUUGAUCCGCUACUUUUGAUGCCGACUGUACGUUUUGUGACAACUUAUAUUAUACAAAUACAUCCAGCCUCUCAAGCGGAAAAGAAAUAAUACUUUGGUAUAAGAUUUAUUUUUAAGAAAUCGAUAUCUAUGUUGUAUUAAACAUAAUAUUGUAUCA